AUGGAUGCGGCAGCACAGCAGCGCGCGCUAGCUCCACGUCUUCCAGCUGAGACACUCGUCGAGCGGUAUGUGACAGUGGGCGCCUACUGUCUGCUGCGCUCUUGCACCAUUGAGCCCGAGUGCAUCAUUGGCCAGCACUCUAUCCUCAUGGAAGGUUCGCUGGUUGAGACCAACUCAAUCCUUGAAGCUGGCUCUGUAUUGCCCCCAGGAAGGAGGUUUCCAACCGGUGAACUCUGGGCUGGAAGCCCGGCUAGGUUUGUUCGGAAGCUGACCAAUGAGGAGAUCAUGGAGAUUCCAAAGCUCGCAACUGCCAUCAACGAUCUGAUGCAAAGCCAUUUCUCGGAGUUCCUGCCUUACUCUAACGCUUAUUUGGAGGUAGAGAAGUUGAAGAAGUCGUUCUCGAUCCCCCUGUAA